GCUAAGUACUUAAAAUAAAUAAUAAUCUAUGACACAAAUUCGAAAUUCAAAUUGUGAAUUGAACUCUAGUUUGAAGUUUGAAUUUUCGCAAAGUUAAUUCGAAUUCCGCGCGCAUUUAUUGGCGGGAGUUUUGAAGUGACCGAUAGUUAAAAUUUUUAAUUUGUGAUUUCUUUCACAUUCAGCAAUCCUAGGAAUUAAUCACAAUGUUUCACGGAGGCAUAUGGGCGAAGCUGGAGGGCGUGUACAAGUGGUACGUCCUGGGGCUGGUCUCCAUUGGCUACAUCCUCGGAGAGUUGGGGCACUACCUUAUAGGAACCACAUCAAAAGUGACAGCCGAUGACCUACAUUACGGAGAUAAGGCGUGCAUGUUAAACGCGACCCAUCUCUCUCUCAGCCAACUGCCUGUCAUCUGUGAGGACGUCAACUCGUCUGAUAUAUGCGAGACGCUAACGCUGAACGGCACGAGGUACUGCGAGUGGGGAUACAAUGGCCUGGGCAUUGACUACCAGAUCCUCGCCGGACCAGCCUUCAUGGCUGUCUUCACUGUCGUCGGCGUUAUACUGGGCGUCGUAGCUGAUAAGUACAACAGAGCCAGGGUCCUCUCCGUCUGCACCCUGGUCUUCGCCAUCGCUAUACUCCUCAUGGGGACAGUCACUGAGUACUGGCAUCUAGUUGUUCUGAGAAUGAUAAUGGCAGCAGGAGAAUCCGGGUGCAAUCCGCUAGCUACCGGCAUCUUGACGGAUCUGUUCCCCGAGCACCAGAGGGCGCUAGUGCUGUCCAUCUUCAACUGGGGCAUUUACGGGGGAUACGGGAUCGCCUUCCCGGUCGGGAGAUACAUCCCUGAGGUCAACGCGUGGGGAUUGAGUUGGCGAGUGUGCUACUACGGAGCUGGUAUCGUGGGAUUGAUCAUCGCUUUAUUCACGUUCCUCACGCUGAGAGAACCGCCGAGGACCACAAUUGGAGAAGAAGGUGCGGGCAACACCAACAAAGCACGCGAUGCCGCCUUGGAGUCAGGCAAGAAGAUGCCUCAGAUCACCAUCUGGCACGUGAUAGCCCAGCCCAGGAUCUUACUUCUCUGCUUUGCUGCAUCUAUCAGACAUUGCGGAGGUAUGUGCUUCGCCUAUAACGCUGAUCUUUACUACCGCGACUACUUCCCAGACGUGGAUCUAGGUUGGUGGUUGUUCGCCGUCACCGUCGGCAUCGGAUCCAUAGGCGUAGUGGUUGGAGGGGUCGUCUCUGAUAAAUUCGUAGCAAAGAUGGGCGUGCGCUCUCGAGUGCUGGUGCUGGCGCUGUCGCAGCUGGUGGCCACGCUGCCCGCCUUCGGCUCCGUCGUGUUCGGCCCGCUGUGGGCCAUGAUCACGCUAGCCAUCUCCUACUUCUUCGCUGAAAUGUGGUUCGGCAUCGUAUUCGCUAUCCUCGUGGAGAUUGUCCCGCUAUCGGUGCGCUCCACCACCGUGGGGGUGUUCCUGUUCGUGAUGAACAACGUGGGGGGCAACCUGCCCAUCCUGGUGGACCCUGUCUCCAAGGCCAUUGGCUACAGGGAGGCCAUCAUGAUCUUCUACGCCGGCUUCUACGGAAUCAGCAGCAUCCUCUUCUUCCUUACCAUGUUCCUGAUGGACGGUCCGGUGGAGAAGAAGCCUGAGGAGCCCAGCCGGAAACCUUCAGGGCUCGACAACACAGCGUUCACCCACGAUGAGCUGCCCGCUAGAAACGGCGCAAGGAAUCUACCAGCUAUUGACAGUAGUAGAAUGUAAAAACUACAAUAUACCACUUAAGUUAGGUUCGUUAAUUGAAUGAAAACAAUAAACUACUCGUAACUUCGUCGAUCGAAUGAAGAAUGUAAUAAAAUUGAUGAGUGAAUGACUGAAUGAAUUCAAUUAGCAGUCAACAAUCGUAAAACCAAAUAAAACUACUCAGGGUUGCACCAAAUCACUCUAUAAGUAUGACAAGCCGUCAAAUCUCCGGAUAAGAAAAAAAUUGUGUUAAUUUAUACCGACGACGAGCUACCAACUCGAAACGGAGGGAGGAAUCUUCAGGCGAUUGAUAGCAGAAUAUGAAAACAAGAAACUUGAAUGUAAAAAUGAGUGAAUGAAUUCAGUAGUAAAUAUAAAAAUGAGUGAAUUAAUUCAGUACAAAUAAGUAAUCGAGAAUCGUCAAAUUAACUAAAACUGAGCACUCUGCAGAGAGUUGAGAAUUUGCCCAGUACUAACCUAAGGACCUUGAGGUCUCCGUCCAAAAAUGCAGUUUUUUUUUUAAUGAAUUAUAAACUUAGAUUCGCGAUAUAAAUGAACUUUUGAUACAUAACCACAAACACACUAAUAUUAAAUCGUUGUUCAAGUGACCGAAUGAAUGAAUGGAAAAUGAAUGAUUAAUUUAAGGUCUAGAAUAACACGUAUUAAAAAAAACUUAAGAUUUUAUUCUUGAGUUCCUAUUAAGUGCCUCACUUUACUUGAACUAUUUAUGUAAGUUUGCCUAAAUAUUAGUCUCUUUUUAAAAAAUCUCUUAUUUAAUUUAGAACUCUUUAAGUUUUAUAAGUAGUCCUAAGCAUAUCUAAUAAUAUGUCUGCCUACAUGAUUAUUUUAGACAAAAUCUCAAAGGUGUUCUUAACAUAAAAAUAUUUUCACUCACGAAAAUUAUGACAAAAGCAAAUAAUCAGAAAUUUUUAUGUAUACCCCUCCGCGAAAGAGGCGCGAUUUAUGUAUACAUACAUACAUAAAAUCACGCCUUUUUCCCGGAGGAGGGGUAGGCAGAGACUACAUCUUUCCAAUUGCUAAGAUCUCUGCAUACUUUCUUCGCUUCAUGCACAUUCAUAACUCUCUUCAUGCCAGCUCGACGUCAUUUCGUCGAUUUAUGUAUGUACCUAUGUCUAAAAACAUUACAUUUCAUGUAAUCACGUCUAUAUCCCUUAUGGAAUAGAUGCUCUAAACUAAAAUAGAACUAAAGUACUUUCCAUGACAUUAAAAGUCUGUGUUCACUUAGUAUAAAGCAAUUCUAAACAAUAUUUAAAAUAGGUCUGCCUCCGUAGCAUGACACGCGCGACGCCGUUUUUAUCGCGCGAAAACUAUCGCUGUUUCGCUUUUUCUUGUGACGUGAAACGGGACGGCAAUAGUUUAUCAAAUUCAAAUUCAAAAUUUUUAUU